UGCCGCAGGCAUGGUGAGCCGGGCACUCGUCUCUGCCAGCUGGCUCUCAGGAGCUCUGAAGGCCAAGGCGGCCCCAGCCCUGAGGGUGCUGGACACCACCUACUACUCCCCGGGAACUAAAGAUGCCAGGAAGGAGUUUGCAGAGAGACACAUUCCAGGAGCCUCAUUCUUUGACAUGGAGCACUGUAAGGACCAGGUAUCAGCGUAUGAAAUUAUGCUUCCCACUCCGUCCCAGUUUUCCCAGUAUGUUGGUCAUCUUGGCGUCAGCAAUGAGAGUCACGUGGUGGUCUAUGACACAGACAGUUUGGGAAUGCUGUAUGCGCCACGGCUCUGGUGGAUGUUUCGUGUCUUUGGGCACAAUAAUGUGUCAGUUUUGGAUGGUGGCCUAGCCAAAUGGCUAGAGCGUGGACUUCAAGUGACGUCUGAGGACACACAGGUGGCACCACAGACCUUCCACGCUACAGUCAAUCAUUCCCUGCUGAAGACCUUCAAAGACAUUCAGGAGAACCUCAUCAGUCAGCAGUUCCAGCUGGUGGAUGCUCGUGUAGAAGGGAGGUACAGUGGCCCGGAGCCCAAGCCUGGAGAAGGGAUAGAGCCGGGACACAUUCCUGGGUCAGUCAAUCUCCCCUUUUCCGGCUUCCUGGAGGACGGAUACCAACGACCGUCACAUGAGAUCAGACUCUUGUUUGAACAGAAGGGAAUUGACCUGACAAAGCCGCUGACCGCCAUGUGCCGCAGAGGGGUCACCGCUUGCCACCUGGCGUUGGCGUCCUUCUUGCUGGGGAAAGAGGACACCUCCAUCUAUGACGGCUCCUGGUUUGAAUGGUUCCAUCGGGCCAAACCGGAACACAAGGUCUUCCAGAAGAGGAAUAGGGCCUAAGAGAGGACGGCCUUCCUGACACUGCGGACAAUAUGGCGGACAGCGCUGCAAGAGCUGGGGAGGAAACGUUAUUAUAUUAGUGCUCGUUAUGUCUAAGCUCAGAGGAGAUGCAGCUAAUAUGCAGAGUUUGUGUAAUUGGGAUCUCGUUAGGGACGAGGAAUGUCUAAUAAAGGGUAGUAGGACGCAAGAAGGCUCAGACGCCAUUGUACGUCCUGGUGAUGGAGAUGCAUGGGUGAGGAUGCUAACAAGCUGUAGAUACGGGGUGAUCAGCGCAAUGCCACCCUGUGAUUAUGGUCUGUGCCGCUCUUCCCGUGUGUUUAUGGAUAAGGGUGUGUGUGACUUAGGCGUAGUUAUUUACCUUGUAAUGCGCCCACGCAGCAAUACGAGACUUCGGGAGAAAUGUACUAAACAUAGUUACCGGCAUUGUGAAUCCGCAGCCUGUCACCAACAUUUGUGUACUAGUAAUUUUAUUGUAUAGACGUAUUGUAUAUGCAGGUACAGGACAUGGCAUUAUAUGUAUGCAUUCACACUAAGGGCCUAAUUCAGACCUGAUCACAGCAGCAAAUUUGUUAGCAGUUGGGUAAAACCAUGUGCACUGCAGG